GUACAACCAGUACGCGGCGAACGUAACACGAUUGCAGUUGUGCGUGCGUGCGGUCGUAUUAGUAGAUGGGGAAGUCUAUGUGAAAGAAAAAUCGCCUCCCAGUUUUCAGACUACAAAGGCAACAUGCAAAGUGUUAUCUCGCAUUAACCACCUACAAGUUUAACAUUGAAGAUCCUAAGCAUGAGUCUUUGUUUACCCGAUAUAUUUAGGAGAGAUUACUAUGGCUAGCAGUAUACUGCAUGGAAAGAUGUCUCAAAAAGAAGACGAUGAAGCUGAAAAUUGCCUUCACCGCACUGACCUGUACAUUGAGGUCCCUUCAACGUGUAUGCCCAUAGUUUACUCUCCAGAUUACAACAUCACCUUUAUGGGUCUUGAAAAACUCCAUCCCUUUGAUGCUGGCAAGUGGGGAAAAGUCAUUCACUUUUUGAAAGAGGAGCAGUUCAUCACUGAGGGGAACCUAGUAGAGGCCCGUGAAGCUACUGAUGAAGACCUGCUCGUAGUUCACACCAAACAAUAUCUCAGAAAACUAAAGUGGUCACUAGUAGUGGCAACCAUCACAGAGAUCCCUCCACUCCUGUUCUUGCCUAAUUUCCUGGUGCAAAGGAAGGUGCUGAGACCUCUGCGGACACAGACAGGAGGGACAAUAAUGGCAGGAAAGCUGGCCAUCGACCGAGGAUGGGCAAUAAACGUAGGCGGGGGCUUCCAUCACUGCUCCAGUGACAAGGGAGGGGGUUUCUGUGCCUACGCAGACGUCACACUAGCGAUAAAGUUUCUGUUUGAGAGAGUGGAGGGUAUUUCCAUGGCCACUAUCAUCGAUCUGGAUGCUCAUCAGGGAAAUGGACAUGAGAGGGACUUCCUGGAAGACAGACGGGUUUUCAUCAUGGAUGUCUAUAAUCGCUACAUCUAUCCUGGAGAUGGCUAUGCCAAGAGGGCCAUUAAGAGGAAGGUGGAGCUGGACUGGGGGACAGAGGACUCUGAGUACCUCCAAAAGGUGGAGCUCCACUCUGAGGGGGCCCUCAAUGAGGUGCGGCCUGAUAUCAUCAUCUACAAUGCUGGGACAGACAUCCUGGAUGGUGACCCCCUCGGAGGUCUGGCCAUUUCUCCACAGGGGAUAGUAAAGAGGGAUGAGAUUGUUUUCAGGGCAGCUCGGAGACGGGGCAUACCCAUUCUCAUGGUGACGUCAGGGGGAUACCAGAAGAAGACGGCCCGCAUAAUUGCUGACUCCAUACUCAACCUGCAGCGCCAGGGCCUGAUAGGGGAUGACCAGGGGACGGGGCUGGCAGAUGGGGUAGGGCCACUAAGUUUUACCCACAUGUCUGCAGGGUCAGUACUCAAUGCCAUCUGAAUGCGUCUGAUUCUGGUUUACAUCUGUGACUGCAGUAGUUUCAUUGUAAUAGACUUACUUGAUGUGCAGAUACAAAGGAGAAAGGUGUUGGGCUACCAUAUCAGGCUGGGACAGUACAUUGUAAUGUUGGUACUAAACCUGUUAAUAUUUCAGUACAGGGGGAUUCAUUGGAUAUAUAUGAGGGGGUUUACACAUUGCCUGUUGCACAUGCAGAACAACAACAGAAAUAAUUUUAGUGGAUGGUCUUUUAAUUUUGCAUGAGUUGGCAAAAGGAUUCAAAGGGAAUAAUGACUUCUGUACAGACAUUUAGACUUUUUCCAAUAUUGACAGUUCAUAAAUAUUUCAUAACGAGAGAAUAAUUAGUUUUUUGUUUCAUUUCAAUGAAAGUCAACAUUCCAGAAAGUAAUUACUUUGCACGCCAUGAAAUCAGAUGACCAGAACAGUAAGUAAAGAUUUCAUAUUGUAAUCCUCUGUAUCCCAAGAUUUAUGCCAGUAUUCUUGGUUUAUUUUCUUUUGUUCAUUAUUUUCUUACCUGAUUUGAGUCAGUCUAAAAGCAAGGUAAUUACACGAGAGAGUGGAAAUAUAAGGGAUGACUAAUGUUUCUGUCUUUAAUCACUGAUUUUGUGUUUCUAAUGACAAUGGUGUUUGAUUAAUGAACCAUAGAUACAUUUGCACUUUACCAGUUUACUAGUAUCUCUACUGUAGCUGCGCUUGUUGUGUUUCAUAUGAGCCUUCCCUCUUUAAUAUGACAAUGUAAUAGCAUAAGACUAAGACCUUUCCAAUGGGAC